AGUGCGCGUGUUGCUUUCUGACUCGUUUGUGCCGUUUAACAAUUAAUACGAGUUUUCAAUAUUUAUUGCGCCAGCGAGAUCGCAUGCUUCCUAGUUGCUUUUGUUGUUGUUGUUCGCAUUACAAACGUUUACUCGGGUGUGAGGUGCCGUAACGUGCUUGUUGUUUUUAUUCUCAGUGUUGGUGGUGGCGUGCGGCCUGAACCCCUUGUGUGAGUGUCCUUGCAGCGGCGCCAAUACAGUAAUCACAACAACAACAAUAAAAGCGAUAACAACAAAAAUAGCGCUGAUUUUCGAAAAACUUGUCAAGCAGGCAGUGGAGUGAGCCACGCAGCAAAUAUAACUCGAAAAUAUCUUCGAAUACGCGAAUAUCGUCCUGAGUGCUGGCUGGCGUCUCUUUGUCAGUUAUCCUGCUGCCUUCUGCCUAACGUUGCUGGUGUAUCCAUUCAAAGUGCGGCAUAUUUGCCAUUCAGUUUGUCUUUGUCGUUCGUUGCGGUCGUUACGUUACGUUAAAACGUUGAAGGAAUCGGCUAACAAAUAAGCCAAACACAUUAGAGCAAAAAAGUAUACAUACAUACAUAUAAAAAAUAUAUAGAAAUCGCACUUAAACGCCGGACGGUGUUAUUGGUAUAAAAAAUUGUAGAAAUCCCAAAAAGUCUUAUAGAAAAGUACCGUUAGCCAGUUGUGCUGUAAAAAUAUAUAAUUUGAUUGAGCACUGACAUAAAUAACGACGAAGACAAAGUGCCGCGUAGCGCAAGGAAACAAAAAAAUAAAUAAAUAAUAACAAAUAAAAAAUCUCGAAAGACUGUUUUUCAAAACGCAAAGCACGCCGUCGAACACUUUUGUGACAGUUUUUUGUAAUUUUUACGCAAAAAGAAAACAUAUUCAACCAACCAUCAAAAUAAAGUUUAACAAUUGAAGCAAAUACUUGUGACCGGAUAAUAUUUCUACAGUCUGCGUAGAUAUUUUUCCAAAAAUUAGUCAAAGUGUUUGUGUAUUUGUUUGCUUGCAGUGUACUUUCUGUCGUUUGAGGAAUUCUUGCAGAAGUGUAAAUAAUUAAAAUAUUUUAGAAAAUUCUAGCGGAAAUAACUUGAAAGUUUUACAAACAUAUCUUUAAAAUAAAUAAAUAUUAUAAUAAAUAGAAGAAAAAAAACAAAAAUUAAAAAAAAAAAUAAUUAAAAAUAAAUAAAAGCUCGUCGCCACCUAACCAUUCAACAAAAUCUUCACUCACACAAGUGUGCUCUCUAAUCCAAUUAACCCCAACCACUGCGUAUCUGUGCAUUUGUGUGCGUGUCUUUGACCAACGGAGAAAAAUAUCGCCACUCACAAACAACCGAUCAACUAUCAACCGACAGUCAACAGUAGUGUCAACGCGUUUGUAUUACUAUUAGUUUCACUUCUAAUAAAUCCUCCGGCAGGCAGCUACUACCUAAGCACACACACACACAGCCACAGCGCCCAACUUUCUUUCCAAACAAACAGCGUUCAAUCUCGCCGCCAGCGUGGUGUUGCAAAUCAAUCCAAGAGUCACGUUUAAAAUCAAUAAAUUUCUUUGUUUACUUAGUCGCUUAGUCGUCGCUAGUCACCGUUAGUCAGUGCAAUCGUCAUCAUGUUGAUUGGAUUAGUACGCGAUUCGGUAAUGCAGUGCUUCUGCCAUACAUGCCGGGCUCCCAUUUUGCCAGCUGUAUCGCGGAGAUCAGCACCCAUCAAGAAGAACAAUAAAAUACGCUCAAAACAGCCGCGUCUUUCCAAAAAAGUGAAAUUUAUCACCACUGAAAUUCGCUGCCAGGAGAAAUCGCGUGGCGGUCUUAGCUAUGAAGUGAUCCUGGCCGAACCAGCACCCAAUGUGGUAGUGCCCAAGCGUCCAGUGACACCUGGCAAAAAUGUGUCAGCCGAGGAGAUCGAGCAAAAGCUAAAAGCUGCCGAAGAGCGACGCAUUUCUUUGGAGCAAAAGAAAAUGGCCGAUUUAUCCUACAAAUUGUCGAAAAUCGAGGAAGCCACACGUAAAAAGGAUGAAAUCACCAAUGAGUUCAUCAAUCAGACCAAGGAGAAGUUGGAAACUAAAAUCGAACAGCAUGUUGAGAAGCGCGAAGCCAUUAUUAGUGACAUGAAGGAGAAGUUGAAGAUUCACUCACAAGAAAUUGAGAAGACACGCGAACAAUUGGAACAGCAGAAAUCUAUUGAGAAAGUGGCUAUUGAGGAAAAAUUGAAGACAGCUCAGACUUUGCGAGAUGAGAAUAUUAAAAAGAUGCUGGAGCGUCUUAAGGAGCAUAACACUAACAAAAAAAAUCAAAUCGACCAAUUGGAAACACAAAAACUCGAGGAGAAGACCCGCAUUAUUGAAAAUAAAUUGUACACCGCCGAACAAAAUCGUGAAAAGGAGAUACAAAAGAAAAUUGAAAAAGUUCAAAAACUUGAGCGUCGCGCUGAAUUGGUGCGUCAGAAUAAGGCGGCAACACAGCAACCGAUUUGUGAUGACACCAACACAGCUAUUGCCUCAUCUGGUUAGAGCGCAAACAACAAAAAGAAGAACAACAACAAUAAUAUUUAUAAAAAACAAAAAACGGCACACAUACAUAGAAUACAAGAAAAAACAACCAGUUUAAGAGCAAAAGAAAAUCGCAAUAACAACAAUUACACUGAAGAUUGAUGAUAGCGGGGAUGGAGGAGGCGUUUUGUGGAGAGAAAAAAACAUAAUGCAACAGGAUGAGCUUUGAGCGCAUGGCAGUGAAACGGUAGAAAACUGAGCAGCAUUCAAAACUCUGGCGCAGCUUAAGAACACUUAUGUAAUAUUGCAAAAAAACACUAACAACUUAGCAUAGAAAAUGCGACUACAAUUUCGAGACGAAAUCAGCCGUUGCACAACUUAAAUGAUAUUUAAAAAUAUAUAUAAAAAAAAGAAACGAGUAUAACUGCAGCAGUAAUAAAUGAAAAAAAAAAUUAAACAUACAAAUUAUUUAAAUGAAGCGUUUUCACAACACUCUUGCGUAUAGAAAGAAAAACAAUAAAAACUACAUACCUAUGUAAUAAUUAAAGAUGAUAUGCCGAAGAAAAACAACUGCAAAAAUCCAUAAUUCAACACUCGUAAAAAGCAAAUCCUGCAGAAAAAAUAACAACACACUUUAUAAAUUAUAAUUAUUAUUGAUAAUAUGUAAAAUGAAUGAGCUGCAGCAAAACAUACAUAGAAACACACUUUACUAUUCGAAGCAAAAUGAAGCGAAAGCAUAAACAUUAAACGCAUUAAAAUAUAUAUUCUCAUUAUUAUUAUUAUUAUUAUUAAUUAAAAUUAUAUUUUUAUUAUUAUUAUUAUUACUAUUACAAUUAAUUAAGUGAUUUAUUGAUUGAUUAAUGAAUUUCGAUUGAUUCACAAUUUAUAACUAUAUUUCUUAUUACUAAUAAAGAAAAUGAUGCAAAAUGAA